UCAUAAUCUGGUUUGUGGUUUAUUUUUAUGUGAUCGGAGAUAACUUGAGGAUAAUCCAGUGUUUACACUGUUGCGUAGAAUUGGUUUUUCGUUUAGUAAGCCAAAAAAAAUCCGUCCAAUUUAUAGCUACAUGUAGUCUUUUAUGAGCCAAAUGAUGAGUUCUAACCUAAUUUUAAUUGGUGUUAUUUGUUCAAUGUUUAUGGUGAUUGUGCAUCCAGAGGAAUACUUAUCACCAGUUCUUCCAGCAAGAAAAACUGUAAACUGGUUCAAUUAUUUAGGAAAAGUUUAUUAUGUAGACAGCAUUUUUCAGACAAAUUUCUACAGUGCGAUGCAGUUUUGUCGUCAACAAGGAAUGCAAUUAUUAAGCAUAAAUAAUGAUGAAGAAAACCAAAGAAUUGGGAAUUUCAUAAAAGAUAAAGGUUUUACAUUUAACCGCUUUUGGACAUCGGCUACCAAUCUAGCAGACAAAAAAAAGUGGGUAUGGCUGUCGACAGGAAACCAAGUUACUUUCUUUAAAUGGUAUCCCGGAGAACCUAACAAAGCACUGAACGAUUCAGAAAACUGCAUCGAAGCAGGUUGGUUUGGCACAGCUGGAUUUACAUGGAAUGAUCUGAAUUGUUCAAGAACAGACAAAUAUUUUAUAUGUGAAGCAACUACAGAUUGUCACAAUUUACAUUGUUCAAUGAAGAUGCAAUUUAAGGAAGCAAAUCAGACUCAAGCCAUCGAUAUAAUAAAAUAUUGGUUGGUUAAGCCAAAGAAGGAAUUUGUUAUAAAAAUAAGAAUAAUUAUGAAUUUUUGAAACAAAGAUUUAA